UAAAGGAUCAAAAUAUAUUCCCCUUUAUAUCAGGUGUCUUUCCAACCACAUACUUUUAAUUAUUGAUCAGUUGUAGCCGAUUACCAAGACUUUUAUUUUGUCAUCAUAUCCCACUCUUUAAAUGUCACAACAUCUCCUUCCUCGUCCGACACGACAAAACAUGUUCAUACUCUUCACAAAACAUCUCUUCUCCUUCUCUCUUAUUAUCAUAUGCUUAAUCAACACCACCACCUUAGCUCAACCACCACCUUUCUUCCACCACAUAUGUGAGAACAAAGCUAACUACACCAUAAACAGUACGUACCAAAGAAACCUCGACACCGCCCUCUUGGCCCUCCCCACCACCAACUCUGGCUUUGGCUACUACAACUUCAGUACCGGCCAACUCAGUGACAGAGUCAUCUCGUUCGCUCUUUGUCGUGGUGAUAUUGAACCCGCUGUAUGCACAAAGUGUUUGAAUGACUCCAUCAUUAAGUUAAGAGAACUCUGCCCCAACCAAACAGAAUCCAUAGGAUAUUACGAGCCAUGCUUUUUGAAAUACUCCAAAGAGACUGGAAAUGCAAAUACUGUGAUUUUGCCUAGCCUUAUAAGUGUGAGUAAUGUUGAUCAGUUCAAUAGGGCUGUUAGAGAGUUGAUGGACCGGUUGAGACGUCAGGCCGCUGCUGGCGGUCCGCUACUGAAGUUUGCCACAGGGAACAUAAAUGGGCCAGAUUUUCCAACGAUCCAUGGUCUUGUGCAGUGUACUCCAAACUUGUCGGAGCAAGUGUGUAGUGAUUGUUUGGAGGCUGCGGUGAACAGGAUCCCAAAUACCAGUAUUAAUGGGAGAGAUGGCGGGAGAAUUCUUCAAUCGACGUGUAAUUUUAGGUUUGAGGUAUAUGAUUUUUUCAAUCAGACUACUCCGUCACUUCCACAACCAUCUCCGUCACCACCAGGUAAAGAGGAACACACAACUCUUACUGUGAUAUUAGUAAUUGUUUUUGUGACAAUUGCGGCCAUCAUAAUUGCUUCAUUGUGUUUCUUUAUGAGGAUCAUGAAGAAGAAAACACAAAUUUCAUCACCUCAUGAAAGUACCCAGACUGAAACUAUGGACAUUAGCGUUGCUGAACCAUUACAAUACAGCUUUAGUGCAAUCAAAGCAGCAACUAAUGACUUUUCCGAAGACAAUAAGCUCGGACGAGGUGGAUUCGGUGCCGUUUACAAGGGUACUCUUAUAGACGGGAAUGAAAUAGCAGUAAAGAGACUAGCAAGGAAUUCGCAACAAGGUGAUGUUGAAUUCAAGAAUGAGAUUUUGCUAGUUUUGAAGCUUCAACAUCGUAAUUUGGUUAGGCUCCUUGGUUACAGCAUAGAAGGAAAGGAAAGACUUCUUAUUUACGAGUUCUUGCCAAAUGGAAGCCUUAAUCAGUUUAUAUUUGAUCCAACUAAAGGUAAACUUCUUGAUUGGGAAAUUCGAUACAAUAUCAUCAAAGGAAUUGCAAAGGGAUUACUAUACCUUCAUGAAGAUUCUCGUCUAAGGAUAAUUCAUCGUGACAUGAAGGCUAGUAAUGUUCUGUUAGAUGCAGAAAUGAACCCUAAAAUUGCUGACUUUGGUCUCGCAAGAUUGUUUAAACACGAGGAAACUCAUGGAGACACGGGUCGUAUUGUUGGAACAUAUGGUUACAUGGCACCCGAAUACGUUUUGCAUGGUCAUUUCUCAGUGAAAUCAGACGUCUUUAGCUUUGGAGUGUUGGUACUAGAGAUCAUAACGGGUCAAGAGAAAAAUAGUUUUCAGAAUGGCGAGAGCCUAAAAGAUCUUCUUAACUUUGUAUGGGAAAACUGGAGAAAUGGGACGACACUAGAUAUCAUAGACCCCACAUUAAAAAUGGGAUCCACUUUAUCACAUGAUAUUGUUAGAAGUAUCCACAUUGGGUUACUAUGUGUUCAGGCUAGCGUCAUCAAUAGGCCAACUAUGGCUUCGGUUGUUCUUAUGCUCCAUAGUACUUCUCUCAUGCUUCCCGUACCAUCAGAGCCUCCAUUUUUCGGUUCCUCAAUAGAGACAAAUUUAGAAAAUCCUAAACUAACACAGUCUACAAAGGAUGUUUCGGUCUGAUUUCAUUUCCAGAUAAGUAUGUAUAGUACAUGAUUUUGUGAUUUCCUUCAAGAAACUAUUUGUUUUUGUUUUUAGAUGUCCUAUUUUUCCAUGUGUUAACUAAUGAAUCACAAUUGUAUCUAUCAUAAACCGUAACGAGUUGGAUUAGUGAAAUUUUCACGCUUAUCUAAGUAAAGUGAAGUGAUUGUUUAA